CUCUGCAAAUCCAGGAGACCGACUGGCCAGACCUCAGGGGAGCCCACCCGUCUACACAAAAACUGCACAAUUGCUGCCCAGUCACAGCAACCAUGAGCCAGAACACUGAUGAUCAGCAGGUCAAGGAUAGCCUGGUUCAGCUGAGAUGUCACUUCACAUGGGACUUGCAAAUUGAAGACUCUGAAAUGCCUGAUUUGGAAAACAGAGUCUUAGAUCAGAUUGAGUUCUUAGACAGCAAACACGCAAAGGUGGGAAUACAUAACUUACUGGCCUAUGUGAAACACCUAAAAGGCCAGAACGAGGACGCCCUGGAGAGCCUAAAAGAAGCUGAAGACUUAAUCCAGAGAGAAUACCCUGACCAAACAGACCUGCGAAGUCUGGUGACCUGGGGCAACUUUGCCUGGGUGUAUUACCACAUAGGCAGACUGGCACAAGUCCAGACAUACCUGAACAAAGUGGAGAAAACUUGCCAGAAGUUUGGAAAUCUCUUCCGCUAUAGAGUGGAGUGUCCUGAGAUGGACUGUGCGGAAGGAUGGGCCUUGCUGAAGUGCGGAGGAAAGAAUUAUGAACGGGCCAAGGCCUGCUUUGAAAAGGCUCUGGAGAAGGACCCUGAAAACCCUGAGUUUAGCAGUGGGUAUGCAAUCACUGCCUACCGCCUGGAUGGCUUUAAGGCAAAAAUAAAAGGUCACAUGGAGUUUUCUUUGCACCCUCUAAGGCAAGCUGUCAGGCUAAAUCCAGAAGAUCAAUAUGUGAAGGUGCUCCUUGCCCUGAAGCUUCAGGAUGAAGGACAGGAAGCCGAAGGAGAGAAGUACAUAGAAGAAGCUCUGGCCAACAUGUCCUCCCAGACCUAUGUCUUUCGAUAUGCCGCCAAGUUUUACCGGAGAAGAGGCCAUCUGGAUAAAGCUCUUCAGCUCUUACAGUCAGCUUUGAAGGCAACACCCACAUCUGCCUUCCUGCAUCACCAGAUAGGGAUUUGCUACAGGGGACAAAUGAUCCAAAUAAACAUGGCUACAAACUCACAGCCUAGAGGGCAGGAUAGGGAAAAGGCAGACAGAAUCAUAAGAUCAGCCAUAUCUCAUUUUGAAUUUGCUGUGGACAUAAAGCCCACAUUUGAGAUCGCUUAUGUAGACCUGGCAAGAAUGUAUAUAGAAGCUGGCAAUUAUAGAAAAGCUGAAGACACUUUUCAAAAAGUGUUAACCAUGAACCCAGUGGUUAGAGAAAUAAUGCAAGAGGUACAUUUUUACUAUGGCCAAUUUCAGGAAUUUCAAAAGAAGUCUGAAGUCAAUGCACUUAUCCAUUAUUUAAAAGCAAUAACAAUAGGAGACCCUUCAGUUGCAAAGGAUAAAAGUAUCAAUUCUUUGAGGAAAUUGGCUUUUAAGAGACUUCAGAGAAAUGCAUCAGACCUGGAAAGCUUAAGCAUCCUUGGGUUUGCCUACAAAUUGAAAGGAAAUAUGGAGGAAGCCGUAGAGUACUAUGAGCGGGCCCUGAGACUGGCUGCUGAUUCUGCAAACUCACUAGGACGAGGUUUCUAGGCACUAAAAUAUCAGCCACUUUCACAUUUCAUUUACUUUUACAUUUAACAUGUACUAAUCAUCCUUUCCAGUGAAUCAUCAUCAUUCACUGUAAUGAUGUAAUUUUUAAACAGUUACUCAAAUCUGAUAAAAUAUUACUUGUAUUCAGAAAAUAAUGAAACUCGAUGAUACACUUUAAAACCAUGAAGAAUAGAGUAUAAAUGUCUUACUACAACAAAUAAGUAAGUGAGG